ACUGAUACGAUCUAUUUCUCUUCUCUUUUAUGCAAAUUCGUCUCACCUCCGUUUAACUUUCUCUGAAGACUUCCGCAGAGACUCAAAAAAAAAAACAGUUGCCGGGCAGUGAGUAAGCUAGUUUUGGAGUUGGGGUUGCUCCAAGAUCUACAAUGAGUCUAGCUUGUCUUGUUUGUCAUAGUGCUGAAAGUCCUUCCCAAUCUUUUAGGAGUUACUCUGUUUCAAGUUCAGAUAAUGAGGGACGUUGUUCUAUAAUCAUCAAUUGUUUGAACAAGAAGGCAUCUCUUGGACCAGAGGCACCAAGUAGUGUGAUCACAUCAGCCAAGGUAAGCCCAUACCCAAUUAUGGCCAACAGUCAGGGAGUCACAGGAACCCCAAGGCUGGUGCGGAGCCGUGCUAUCAGGAGGGACUGGAACAUUGAUGAAUUAGCAAUGGAGCUUUAAUUUGCACCUGACAGGGUAAAAGAUUAGAGCGUUGUUGUCUUGGUAGACCUUAGAAUGAAAUAGAAGUUAGGACUGA